AUGAAAUUCAUGUUAUUUGUCAUGUUAAUGUUUACAACAAAUGGUUAUCAUUGUGAUUGUACGACUACUCAUAUAAACAACUUAUACGACUUUAAUCCUUCAACUUGUUCUGUCAAUACAAGCUCUAUAUGUUUUUCUACACUUUUCAGAUUUAACUUUAAUGAUUAUAUUUUUUUCAAAUUGAUCAUUCUUGAUAAUACUAUGUUCUAUUCUACAACCGAUCAAAUUUUUUGGAUAAACACUAAAAGUUUGACAAUCACUGAAAAUACAUCAUUGUUCUUAAUGGCAGAUUUAAACGUAAACAACAAUAUUAUUAUCGAGACUAAAGCAUCAAUGAAUAUGAUUAGAAAUUCGACAAAUUUUGGAUCGGUUUCAAUUGCUGGUAAUUUAAUUUUAAGUAAACCGGAAUUGAAUAACCCACAAAUAGUUUUGUGGAACACAUCCCAUCUUCAUCUUUCUUAUAAUCACGCUACAAAACCGAAUUUUGAAAUUGCAAAUCCAACAGGUAACACCAACUGUUUCGAUGUCAUAUCACUCAACGCCAUGUCUAAUUUGGAUACUUUAAGUAUAGGAGAUCAUAUUAUGCCUGAUAUGUUUAACUAUUCAUUCAACUUUACCGAUGGAAAAGGGUACUUAAUAUCAAACAAAAAGUUGAUUAGAUUUUGCCCUAAUACAAUUCCAUUUAACAAUGAAGUCAUUUGCACAUUAAAAAAUGUUGAUUACAAUCCAGUUGCACCAGAUACAAUGGAAGGUUCUUUUGACUAUCCACACUGCCCGUGUAACAAAGAUGACAACGUGUUAUGUAAACUCAGAUUUGUAAAUGGAAUAAUCCAAUUCAAUAUGUUAAAAUUCUUAUUAAAUAACACUGAGUUGGUGGUAAAUAAAGAUAUGAAAUUAUUGAAUUUAAAAUUUGCAAAACAAGUCACCAUAUAUGAUAACGUGGUGCUCACAGUUAAUUCGUUAUUUCUAAAUCUUGUCUUUUCAUUCACAUUUGGUAAAAUCACCACAAAUCAAAACAAAGACGAAUACAAAGAUACUGUGUUCAAUUAUUCACCUCUAUUGAAUACUUUAUAUUGUUUAGGUGACUUAAAUUACAAUUUUUCAAUUUAUCAAAACAUCACAAAUAUAAAUAUAAAUAUAAAUAGCACUGGAAAUAUAAAAAAUCUGUAUUUAUAUGAAAACACUAACGUUUUAAUUUUGAAAAACACAAUUUUGAAUAGUAUUAAUCAAGUUGAAUUUAGUGAAGACGGUAAGAGCUUUGUAUUCAUGGAAAAUGCAAGUAACAACAAAGUUAUAAACAAUUGCCAUCUCAUGGAAGUAUUAAAAACUGGUUUAAAAUGUGUUAUGUGCAACACUGCAUCUUGGCUUGAUAAUGAUAUUUGUAAUUCUCUUGUUUAUAAUUGUGAGAGGUACAACAAAAACAACGUUUGUGUGUUGUGUAAAACGGGGUUUGUUUUAAAUGAAAAAUUCGAGUGUGUUUAUUCAACAAACUGUUUAUACGGAACAACAUCCAUAUGUUCCAAAUGUCGGAACCAAUACAUAAGAGAUGAUAAUGAAUGUAUAUAUAAUGACAAGUGUCGAUACACAGAUGGAAGUAAUUGUAUUGAAUGUAUCACUGGCAAUUUACACAAUAAAUGUGAAAGUUGUACACCAAAUUGUUAUUUAUGUUCAAACAAGAAGUGUUUGAAAUGCAACGACGACUUUUUUCUCGACAACGAAAGUGUUUGUGUUAAAGAAAAUAAUGGAUUUUCAACUGGAAUAUCGACUAUUUGGUGUAAUGACGAGUUUUACAUUGAUAAUGGGGUAUGCAACAAAUGUUCAUCAAAAUUUGCAAACUCUAUAAAAUGUGACAAUACCAAUGCGAUUUCUUGUGAAGUAAAUUAUUCAAUUUCAAAUGAAAGGAAAUGCACCUUAUCAGUUUGUCAAAACGAAACAUUUAAAGAACAAAAUGGGAUGUGUACUUCUUAUGAAAACAACUGUAUAUUUGUUGUAAACAGUCAGUGUUCCGAAUGUGAGAAUAAUUACACAAUUGGUUAUAAAAAAACUUGUGUAAACAUUACGACCAACACUUUAAAUAAUUGUGUCAUAUAUAGUAAAUAUGGGUGCAUUUCGUGUAAAAUUGGGUAUUAUUUAUCCAAUGCUGAAUGUCAUCAAUGUUCUGAAAAAUGCACAAGUUGUAUUGAAAGUGAUACGAAGUGUCUUUUGUGUGUAUUUGGGUAUUAUCAAGGUGAUAAUUACACAUGUUUACCAAGCACUGAAUUGAUUGAAAAGUGUGACAAAAUAUCGAUAAUCACGGGUGGAUGUUAUCAGUGCAAAGAAGGGUAUUACCGAGUUGGAAUGGAUUGUAUUAAAUGUCUUUCAAAUUGCUCAAUAUGUAACACAAUAGACACGUGUUUGUCUUGCAAUUUGACUAAUUACAAAACACAAAGUGGAAAUUGUUUGCCACAAAACAGUAUCAUUGGGUGUGCUGUUGAAAUUACACAAAAUGGGUGUUCAAAGUGUUUAGAUGGGUAUUACACAGUUAAUAAUAAUGAAUGUGAGAAAUGUAACAACAACUGCACAACAUGCACACAACACGACAAAUGCAAUUCUUGUGUUAAAAAUAGAAUUUUAUUUGAAAAUGGAAUUUGUCUUGAUAUAUCAUAUGUAUUACAAUGUAUUGAAGUGUUAAACUCAAAAUGUUCGAAAUGCACAUUCUGGCACUCGCCUAAUAAAAGUGGCACAACAUGUAACAAGAAAGCUGUCUGGUGGGUUAUACUAUUUUGUGUAAUAUUCACAAUAUGUGUGUUGAUUAUUUUAAUGAUAUCAAUGGUUUGUUUAAUAAAAACCAUUGAAAGAAAAGUGCUUAAAUUUCAACAUAACCAAAAUACAAUAUUUAAAAUUAAUCACUCCAAUAUCAAUUUUAUAGCUAUUGGUGAUGACAUUGUUGUUAACAAAACUGGAAUUGUGUUUGGUGGUUCAGAAAAUCCAAUCAAAGUUGGUAUUGAAAGUCGUGAAUUAAUUUGUGUUGGAAAUUUGUCAAAACGACAUUUAAAAAUUCAAUUUUCGAUGACAGACAAGACUGAAAAGUACACAAUUAGAACAGAGCCACAAGUUGUAUCACUUUCAAAAAGAACGGCAGUUGAAUUUGAGAUAUUUGUAAAGCCAAAUUGUUCGUGUAAAAUCAAUGAUAGGCUUACACUUUUUUCAAAAAAUUUACAAGAUAGUUCCACAAAAAACAAUCAAAUAAGUCUAACUAUUAUUACUGAAAUGUCAACACGACUAGACCCAGACGAGUUAUAUGAAGACAAAAAACUUGGUGAAGGGUCUUUUGGUAUCGUUUACAAAGGAAGUUUUAGAAAAAUAUAG